AUGGUGCUACGAAUGACGAGACUGACUGACGAUGCCGGGAAUUUUGAUCCUCGUCACUCUAUCUCAUCGUCGAGUGAAAAGCCGUCAUCGCGGACAAAUGAGUUUGCCAAACGUUGUUUUCCUACAUACUUCCCUGGGGUGGAUGAUAAACUAUCGGUUGUCAAGGCAAACAUUCAACGCUGCGAAUCAUCAGGACAAGUCAUCGACGCAAGUCUUCACCACAGUCCUUCGACUUGCCAAGACAACGUUGCUUAUCGCCGCUGGUUCGUCAUAGCGUUCGUCUUGCUUACUACUUGCACAGGCACAUCUUUACGCAUAGUCGACGUGGCUUAUUGA